AUGGCUCACCACUCGCCUCGACCGUCUCUCGAUGGCAGCCACAACCACGCCUCUACUCCCUUCUUCCACACGUUGACUCAACGCCUACGGAAAUCCUCCAAUGCCAGCUCUUACGCCUCAGACCCCUCAUCUCCGUUGUCUCCAACCGACCCGACGUCGAGGACAGAGGCCACUCGAGCCGCCCGGCGGAUGGUCUUGUCCAUGGUGCGGGACGACUGGGAGUGGCCUCCGGACCCGUCACCGACACCCACAGCCAACAACAACAACAACGGCGGUGGCAGAUCCCCCAUCCCUCACCGCGAGCCCCUCACAUACCGCCUGCGUGAAGAGGCCCAGUCCGACCUAGAAAUCGAGGACUAUGCCUCCAAACGCCGUGCCGCGAAGAGCGACCCAUACAAGUUUGAAAGUCCCGAGGCCGUGGGGACGGUGAUUGCGGAGCGCAGGAGGAAGCGAAGGAAAAUGCAGGAAGAGGAAAUGUCGUGGAAUGAGGGGCUGAAAACGUGGCAUGAGAGGCGUGACGCCUGGACUGGAGCUCUGCAGCAGAAACCCAACAGCAACAAACCUACAGAACGUCGGCCGUCUUCGACGACGAAAAGACCUUCCUAUAAAUCUCGCCUCUCUCAAGUCUUCACGGGACACAAGGGGGACCAGGCCCAGCCCAACUCCACAGAUGGGGGUUCGACAAGCUGGCCAGUGUCACCGGCGUCACCUACCCCGGAAUGCUCGAGCGUUGACAGCGUCGAAGAACCCACGUCCGCCACAAGAACCACCACCAACACCACCGCCGAACCUCUUUCACCUUCGUCAACCUCUCAACCCCCGUCGUCACCGUCAUCCUCAACCUCCACAGAACCAGGCCCCUGGAUCCCCAUCUACCCUCCCAUACUUCCGCAAGACAACAUCAUUCGAGAGCGCAUAAAGCCUUCCGCGUAUCCAACCAUCUACUCGAAAAUCGUGGUCCAAGGCCUCACGCCCAACGUGCCCAUCCCACUGUGUCACAUGAUCCCCGCAUUGGUUGAAGGGUGGAAAUCCGAAGGCAACUGGCCUCCUCAACCCAGCGCCACGCUCGCGCAGGAUGCUAAGAAGGGAAGGAAGAGCAGCGCCUUUGCCAAGUGGAGAAGAGAAAAUUCUACUGAGGAUCAUCAGCACAAUAAUAAUAGCCCGGAUUCUCCUUCGCACCACCACCACCAUCAUUUUUUCCACACCGGAAGCAGUCCUGUUGGUGGUGGCGGUGGUGGUACUGGAGCAGUGGCAGCAGCAGUCGUAAGCGGGGGGCCCAAAGAUCUCGCAAAUGCGCAGCAUGAAGAUGGCGGCGGGAGAGGCCAUAGAGUGCGAAGAAGCAUCGGCAUGAUGCGGAGGAUGGGCUCGUUGCUGGCGGGAUCCAUGAGUAGUGACGGAUUGGAUGAGUUGGGGAUCGAGUUCCGAGAGAAGGACGAGGAGGAGAUGGGAAGGAACGUUGCGCUGAAUAAAGGGUUGGUCCAUUGA